AUGGACGAUGCCACAGUCCUAAGGAAGAAGGGUUACAUCGUUGGGAUCAAUUUAGGGAAAGGCUCUUACGCCAAAGUGAAAUCCGCUUACUCUGAGCGCCUGAAGUUCAAUGUGGCGGUCAAGAUCAUCGACCGCAAAAAAACACCCACUGACUUUGCGGAGCGAUUCCUGCCCCGGGAGAUGGACAUCUUAGCUACGGUCAACCAUCGCUCCAUCAUCAAGACCUACGAGAUCUUCGAAACAUCCGAUGGGAGGAUCUACAUCGUCAUGGAGCUCGGGGUCCAAGGAGACCUCCUAGAGUUCAUUAAAUGCCGGGGCGCCCUGCACGAAGACGUGGCCCGUAAGAUGUUCCGCCAGCUCUCCUCGGCCGUCAAGUACUGCCACGACCUGGACGUGGUCCACCGUGACCUCAAGUGCGAGAACCUCCUCCUGGACAAAGACUUCAACAUCAAGCUGUCCGACUUCGGGUUCUCCAAGCGCUGCGUUCGGGAUGGAAGCGGGAGGAUCAUCCUCAGCAAAACCUUCUGCGGGUCGGCGGCCUACGCGGCCCCCGAGGUGCUCCAGGGCAUCCCCUACCAGCCCAAGGUGUAUGACAUCUGGAGCCUGGGCGUGAUUCUCUACAUCAUGGUCUGCGGCUCCAUGCCCUACGACGACUCCGACAUCAAGAAGAUGCUGCGUAUCCAGAAGGAGCACCGCGUAGACUUCCCCCGCUCCAAGACCCUGACGGGCGAGUGCAAGGACCUCAUCUACCGCAUCUUACAGCCCGAUGUCAACCGGCGGCUGCACAUCGACGAGAUCCUCAGCCAUUCCUGGAUGCAGCCGCCCAAGCCCAGAGUCACGCCCUUGGCCUCCUUCAAGCAGGAAGGGGAGGGUAAAUACAGGGCUGAGUAUAAGCAGCUGGACGCCAGGCCGGCCACCAAGCAAGAACACAGACCUGACCACAAGCUGGGAGCCAAGACCCAGCACAGGCUGCUGGUGGUCCCCGAGAAUGAGGAGACCAGGCCUGAAGAGCGGCUGGCUGAGACAUCCAGAAACAAAGACCAUCUGCAAGGAUCUGAGGUGGGGAAAGCUCAUGGCUAG